AUGACUGAGUUAAACAAACCAAUUCCUUUAGAACACUUCCACGAGAGGACAAGAAAUAUACCAGCUACUGCUUCCAUCAACUCACAAAAUGAUGUUCAUCGUAUAUCAAAUAACUUUCCACUUGAAGUCGAAACAAAUCCAGAUAUCAAACCAUUAAUGACAAUAAAUCUCCCAAAGAAGAACAAAUAUCGUACCAUAACAACCUUUUGUUGGGCUUUCAGUGCCGGUAUGACUGAUGGUGUUUUUGGUUCAUUAUUACCUUUUAUCGAGGCUUAUUAUGGUAUAAAUUAUGCUAUUGUUUCAUUACUUUGGCUUGGUAACGCGUUAGGUUAUAUAUUGAUUGGAUUUUCUGGUCAUAUUUUGGAUCAAAAGCUAGGAAAAUUUGGUAGUAUCAUGUGUGCUGGUGUUUCUUUACUAUCAAUGUCUGUUUUAUUUUUAACUGGUACUAAAUUCCCAGUAAUGUGUAUUGCUACAUUUCUUGGUGGAAUUGGUACUGCAAUAAACUUGGGCCAAUUUAAUGUCUUUUUACCCCCAUUAGGUGCUAAAUAUGUUGGUUAUCAACACGGUUGUUAUGGUCUUGGUGCUACUGCAGGUCCAUUAUUUGCAACUUUGAUGACUGAUCAUGGUAUUAGAUGGAAUUUCUUUUAUUUUGUUCUAUUAGGUAUUUCAAUCUUUAAUUUGGUCUUGAUUGGAUUAACAUUCCAUGAUUAUGAUCAUGACCUGAAAGAAUAUUCAUUAGAUUCAUCAGAUUCUAAAGCUGGUGAUGAUCCUGAGAAUAAAUCAACAGAACCUACAACACAUGAUUUCAAAUCGGCUCUCAAGAAUUGGAAAGUCUGGUUAGGUAGUGUUUUCAUUUUCUUUUAUCAAGGUUCAGAAGUUGCAAUGGGUGGUUGGGUUGUUACAUUCAUUAUCUCAUAUAGGAAAGGUGCAACCCAUUCAGCUGGGUUCAUAUCAUCAGGUUUUUGGGGUGGUGUAACAUUAGGACGGUUUCUAUUGACAGGUCCAUUAAUUAAGUUUAUCGGUAGUAGAAGAUCUAUAAUUGGAUUAUGCCUCUUGAUUAUAGCUUUUGACAUCUUAACUUGGCUUGUUCCUGAAAAAAUAGCUGCUGCUGUAUUUGCAUCAUUUGCAGGUUUAUUUAUUGGUCCAAUUAUACCAAUGGUUAUAACAUUCUUAGCAAGGAUUUUACCAAGAAAGAUUCGUUUAUGUUCAAUGACUAUUAUAAUGGCGUUUGGAAGUUCAGGUGGUAGUGCAUUGCCAUUUUUGGUGGGUAUGGUUAGUCAAAAAACUGGAACUUAUGUUUUACAUCCAAUAUUUUUGGCCUCAUACGCAAUUAUGUUUGUUGCAUGGAUUCUAUUACCAAACAUUGAUCGUAAAGGUGCUAUCAAUACAUUAUGGCAAAGAAUUUGGUAG